AUGAUCACUAGACCAGCUAUCACCGGAGCCGCCGCAUCAUGCUUGUUCUUUCUGCUUUCUUUAUUGUACAUCCUUUUCUCUCACACCGACCACAGUGGUUCAAGGUGGCCGUUUUUUUACAUUCCGGUUGUGGGUGUUCUGGUGGUGGGCGGAUUCUUGGUGGUUAUGGCGAGAGCCACCAUGGUGACGUUGAUAACAGUGUUUGUGAUGUUGAGUUGCGUAGGGAAACGGCGUCGUGUGCUUGUGUUGGAAGGGAAGAAGAUUAGUAGUGAAGUCGUAAUGCAUUUGUUUAAGGUUGUGAUUAAAGAGAGAAGCUUUGUGGCUAUUGCUUGUGCUGUGUUUUGCACUACGAUGGCCAUGGUUUUGGUUUGA